AUGUCCGGCAAGCUUGACCAGUCUCUCGACGAGAUCCUCUCCACCCAGCGCCGCAGCGCCGGUCGCCGCCGCUCCACACGCCGCUCUACUGGCCAACCUGCUAGAGCUGCUCCCGUCGGUGGUAUUCAGAAGAACACCAAGCCUGCCCGAGGCAACACUUCAAAGACCGCGCCUGCCAAGGCCGCUGGAGCUACUGGCGUCAGCAAGAUUGUUGUCAGCAAUCUGCCCAAGGAUGUGUCCGAGAGCCAGAUCAAGCCUCUAGUCGCGCGGACUAUUCAGACUCCUCCCUGCGUGGCAGACCGUCCUCGCGGUGUCAAUGCAUCGGGAGUUGAGCAAGUCCUGGUACUGCUUGAGAUAACGUGCGCCGGCCUGCCUGGCAAGCAAGCCGGCUUGUUCGCGUACUCGCAGACCUUUGGCAAGACUUGGAGUGUCUCACAAGGAUGUGUUGGCCCAUCUAGCUUCGCACUGUUUCUGGCUGGUCACCAGAUCAGUGGUAGCUCAGCAGUGAGCAUCGGGUCCGAGCAAUCUGCACAGCAUGAAUCCAUCGCUGCUUCGGUUCAGAUAACACUGCAGCAUGAAUACUUUGGUCAAUCAGUCGGACAUGUGAAGAGGGUCGAACUGUCCUACGGCCCAGGCGGUGUCAGCCGUGGUAUUGCCACUGUCACCUUUUCGCACGCCGAUGGCGCUUCGAAGGCCUUCCAGGAGCUCAAUGGCCUCCUCAUCGACAACCGACCCGUCAAGGUCGAAGUCGUCGUGGCUUCCGCUGAUCUGAUCCCGCAGCCGAAGACCCUCGGCCAGCGCAUUUCGCAACCCAAGGCUCAACCCAAGUCUGCCGCUUCCGACAAGCGCGCGAACAACACAUCCAAGGCUGCCGGCGCUGCCAAGGGUGCCAAGAAGCCCCGUCGUGGCCGCAACUCGCGACCUGCAAAGAAAACCGCUGAGGAGCUGGACUCGGAGAUGGCGGACUACUUCACAGGCAACACUGCGAAUGCCACGGGCGAUGCUGCUGCCCCGGCUGCUGCCGCCCCUGCCGCUGCUGGUGGCGAUGCCCCCAUGGAGGAUGAGAUUAUGUGA